AGCGCUUCUGACUUUCACUAAGACACAAUAAGAAUGAAGCCUUUUGACCACAAAUAGAAUAUUUUGUUCCUUUAUGCCCUUUUCUUCUCUUCUGACCACUUGAAAAAAAAAAAUGGCUGAAUCACACAGGCUGACAACGCAGGGCAGGAAGAGAUGGAGUUUACCACAGAGACAUGAGACGGAUCAGAACAAGUCAGGUCCUCGAUGCCUGGAUGGAGAAGCUGAGAAAAAACUGGCUGUCCCUUUCAGAGGUCACAUCUCAGGAGGACUGCAGCCAGGAAAGAAGGUGAUAGUGGUUGGGAUGGUGGACCCCAGGCCGGAUCGAUUCUACGUUGCUUUGACGUGUGGCCGUGGGACAUCCAAGGAGCCUCCCCCUAAUGUAGCCCUGGAGCUCUGUGUUCGCUUUAAGGACCGACAAGUCCUGCGAAGAGCCUGCAUGUCGGGUUCCUGGGGCGAGGUGGAGAGAGCGGUCCCGUUUUUUCCCUUCAUCAAGGAUCAGCCCUUUAAGAUGGAGUUCCACUGCGAACAGAGCAGACUUCGAGUGUUUGUAGACGGACAGAAGCUGUUUGACUUCACCCACAGAGUGCUGCCCCUCAGUGACAUCGACACUUUAUGGAUCAAAGGAAGCCUAACCAUCACAAAACUGGCUUAAAACUAAAUUAUUCCGUUCUGGAUUUCUAUAUGCCACUUGAAAACACCACAAAAUGUAUAUAUUUAUUUAAAAAAGAUUUUUAUUGCCUAUGUUUAUAAAAUGGUUAUAGUUUUUUUUUUUUUUUUUUUGGUCAGUCCAGUUAUGACUAUAAUUAACACUUUACUGCUCACGUUAAUCAUACUUUUAUUGGUAGAUGAUUUAAGCAAUGAAACUUGUAUUUUCUCUAAAUCAAUGAAGUUUUAAUAAUUUUUUAUUAUUCUAUCUGUGUCUAAUUCCAACCAUUUGUCUCGUUUGAAACUUGACAGUUAAUAUAAAAACCCUUUUGGGGUUACUACCUCAGUCCACGGCUAAUGAAGUCCAGUUUUCAGGAGUUCAUUUAAAAAUGCAAACUCUAUUUUUUUAUAUUAUUAUUAUAAAAAGUUAAUCCUAAUAUUGUUUUGUAAGAGAAUCAGGAGAAAGCUACUUUUCUUUGUGCAUAUUUUUACUGAAUGUAUAUUAUGCUUUAGUCAUUUUUUUUAAAUAAAGGUAUAGAAUACUG